UACAUUCGGCUUCGGCAUGCCGGGGGAGGCUCUCUUUGCCACGGCAUCUCCAAGCUCAUUAACGCCGAGAUACCCACAGUAAGCAUAAAAAAGCCCCUGGUUCCAGCCACUCAGGAAAACUAACCCCACUUGGUCAGGGCACACCAUGGGGAUACAAUCACCUUUUGGGUCACCGGUCUUGCCUCGGAUGAAGUCCGUCGAGCAACCUGCCACUCUGUCAUUCUUAUUGGAAACAAGACAGAAUAGCGUUGAAAAAAAAAGCUCUUCUCGGCGACGAUCCAGCCCUCGAUCGGCUCACUGUGCCGGAAGAUCGUACCUCGGCCAUCCAACCACAUCCCCUCGAUUAUUAUGCAUAAAGCGCCUUUUUGUGCUUAUUCGAUUUUACAUUUCUUGUCCUCUAUGCUUAUCCUCAUGCCAAUUUUCAUUAAUCUUUCCUUUGCCCCCCACCCAACGCGCCGACCGAGCGGUUUGCAUCUCCGCAGCAGUUCUGACUCGCGUCACCCUCUUCUCCAAAAGCCGCCUCGUUCGUGGCUCCCUUACGACUCCUUAUUGCAUUGUCUCUCGUAACAGAAUCACGCCAUGAUGCCUCAACAACUCCGAGACGCCCUUGCACAACUCCGCGGGACAUUUAGUCUCCAUCGUUCACGUGCAGUCCACCCCCGAUGAUCUGUGGCCGCGUUAGUGAUUUUUAUGACAUACU